AUGCCACCUGCCGAGCCUCCUAAAGUCGUAACUGCAACAGUGCCGCUUUUGACACGCGCGCAUUGUGAGAAAAUAUUAGCGAAGGCCUGUGGCACAGAAUCGAAUUUGCAGCUAAAAGAAUUCACCUUGAAGCCGGCUAUUUAUACGAGUGGCUUUCUCGGCGAAUAUUAUCAUUUGUUGGUGUGUUUUAGCGCCGCUGCUGUUGCUGUUGCUGCGAAUGAAAACGAAAAUCUGGCUAAUAGGCGCAAUUUGCAAGAGCUGCGCGCAUUCGUCAAGCGAGUACCUCAGGCAAGUGUGGAGCCAGAGAAGGAGGCCAUAUUUCGCAAGGAAGCUGCUUUGUAUGGGACGCUGUUGGAGCGUUUGCGAAAAUAUUCCACUGUUUCCUGGUCGCCGCUUUGCUUCUAUACCCGCGAUGACAUCAUUGUGCUCGAGCAGUUGGAUGAACGCAACUACGCUCUCUGCUCAGAAACCGUGAACGUUCUCAGCGAACACUACAUGCGCUCGGUGCUACGCGGCCUGGCAGCUCAACAUGCAUCCUGUUUCACACUCGAAACCAAAGAGGGCAUCUGCAUCGGUGACGCCUAUCCUCAAUUGCAAGAGGAGAUCACCGUAUCGGCGCAGGUGCCUUGGUACACCACUGGUUUGCGUGCCAUACUCGCCGUCGCGAAGUCGCAAUUGGUGUCGCAAUCAAUCGACGUACGUACGGAAAUUGAAAGUCGCCUUGCUUCGGCUGCCGAAAGCGUCUACGAAAUGACAAAUCGCUCAUCCAAGUACCGGAAUGUGCUUUGUCAUCGCGAUAUUUGGCGUGGGAAUAUAUUUUACAGCAGCGUUGCUACUUCGACGGAUACAAACGCAAACGAGCGUUCUGUCAUCUUUGUGGACUAUCAGACUGCGCGCUACUGUCCGCCAGCUAUCGAUGUAAUCUUCGCUCUUUUCAUGAAUCUUGAUAAGUCCACAAGAAAGUCGAAAGAAAAGGAAUACCUGCGGUACUAUUAUGAUUGUCUGGAGCGGGAUUUGAGUUCGAAGGGUUUGAUAGCAGCGGAUCAUCUUACUUACUCUGAUUUGCUUGCUUCGUAUGAGGAACUCCAGCUGUUCGGUUUGUUCUAUAGGGCAAUUGCCACAACCAUCGUGAAAGUUCCCCGACAGUAUGUGACCAAUGAUUAUGUCCAUGUGGAACGUACCGAAGCGGUGUUUAAGCUGAUGGAAAGCCAACCUCAGUUUCGGGAGUAUUUAGAAGAGUGUAUUCAUGAAAUGUUGGAAUUCCUAAUUGCUCAAAAUGCAAAAUAG